AUGUUCGGGACCAAUAGUCAGCCCAGUACCAGCAGCGACCGAUUUGCGAACCUAACAGUUAACUUUAAUCAGCAGCAGCAACAACCGCAACCUCAACAACAACCAAAUCAGGCGAGUACAUACACCUCUCAACAGUUUCAGAGUGUUCCACAGACUCAACAGCAGGCAUUUUUCUCACAGGGGUCACAAAAUCAACUGGGCUCCUCGCAAAGGGAGGCUGAAUGGUACAAUAAUCCACGAAAGCGGGCCAUCCCACAAGCUAUAGUUAAGAGGACCACUAAGAGGUCUCCGUCAGUUGAUCCUAGUCAGGCUGUAACCGACAGCAAUGCAUCCACUCAACGGUCCGGGUUCAAUAGUCUGAGUUUUGGAUCAAAAAAGGACAUUCGAGGUCUUCCAUCAACACAAAGCAUCAAAACCGGCAAAAGUGGAGAACACAAUACCAGCAUAUUAAGCUCUAAUGAGGCCCCACCUACAGUAUCCCUAUAUGACUGGCAACGCGAGGACGAUUUUGGUGCUAUGGUGCCACUUGGUUCUCAGAUAGGCUCUGAGCUGGGAAAACCGUCUUCUGAAGAGAAAACAGAGUCAUUACCGAGCUCGAUAUCGGCUGCGAGGAAAGACGGGACUCAACCAAAUGUAUUUGAUAGAAAUAGUAUUUUGGAGUCUUCGCGGAGCGGUGUGAACAAGAUCGAUAAGAAUGGCGCUCUAAGUCCCACUGCACCAUCCAUUGAAGAAAGUGCAGUUAUUGUAUUUGGAUAUCCUGAAUCUAUUUCGAACCUUGUUAUAAGACAUUUUUCGAAAUUCGGUAGCAUUUUGGAAGACUUUGAAGUACUGAGGAACAGUUCUGGCAUAAACGCUGCAAGCUUACGACUACGUAGACGUAAGUCUGAUAACUUUGAAAAGAAAUAUCCAAUUUUUACAGGUGACGGAUGGGUAAAACUGACUUACGAUUCGUCCUCGGCAGCAGUGCGAGCUUUACAAGAGAAUGGACAAGUCUUUGGCGGUUCUUUGAUCGGAUGUGUGCCCUACAACAAAAAUUUGGUGGAACAGCUGGCAUCUUGUAAAAUAGAAAAAAUGGAUGACAUUGGAGGUGUUAAUUUCUCUGUCAAGCAGUCAUCACUAGAUGAAUCUAUUGAAAAUCCUUUAUCCAGCUCAGCUAGUCCUCUGAGCGGUGAGCGUGAUGAGCAGAUAAUUGGAACUAGAACACCGCUUGGUGGCUCCUCGAACCAGGUUUCCGCGAGCGGCAAUAUUCUGGAGCACCCCAAAAUAACGUAUCUCAAUCGAAGAUUACAUCUAAAGGACGGUAAGAAACUGUUCGCUCACAGUGGCUCUCCUGGCAGCAAUAACUUUCUGCAGAACCUGGAGCUGAAAAUGCGUCAACAAGAAGAAAGUAAUAAGCAACAAGCGGGUCUCUUGUCCAAAGUUAAUAAUUGGUUAUUUGGCUGGAAUGAGCUUUGA